CCGCGGCGACCGGGAGGCGUUGGGCGGCCAACGACGCGGCGGGCUGUGGCUGGGCGACUCGGCGGACGCGGUGCCCGCCCGGCGGCCGGCGCUGGCGCUCCGGGACGAGACAUGCACCCCGACGGGCCGGAGCCCGAGCGGGAGCGCGAGCAGGACCCGGGCCUGGAGGAGUCGGCGGGCGACCACCCGAAGGCAGGCCCCGGGGGCCGCAAGGAAGGAAUGAGCGACUGUGCCAGUCCUGGGGACACGCCAGGCCAGAGCGGGCACAGGCAGGGAGGGGACAGCAAGCCGGACGCUCCCGCAUCCUCCCAGUGGGAUGACAAGGAGGACCGGGUCCCCAGAAUGACUAAAAGUUUCUUGAAGAAAUUCUGCAAACAACACAAGCUGUACCUCACACCUUCGCUGAACGAUACUCUGUACCUGCACUUUAAGGGCUUCGACCGCAUCGAGAACCUGGAGGAGUACACGGGGCUGCGCUGCCUGUGGCUGGAGUGCAACCGCAUCCGCAGCAUCGAGAACCUGGGCGCGCAGACGGAGCUGCGCUGCCUCUUCCUGCAGACCAACCUGCUGCACAGGAUCGAGAACCUGGAGCCGCUGCAGAAGCUGGACACGCUCAACCUCAGCAACAACUACAUCAAGACCAUCGAGAACCUGGCCUGCCUGCCCGUCCUGGACACGCUCCAGAUGGCCCACAACCACCUGGAGACGGUGGAGGACAUCCAGCACCUGCAGCACUGCGCGAAGCUCUGCGUGCUGGACCUGUCGCACAACCGGCUCAGCGACCCCGGCAUCCUGAGCGUGCUCGAGCUCGUGCCCGGCCUGCGGGUGCUGAACCUGAUGGGGAACCCCGUGACCCGCCACAUCCCCUCCUACCGCAAGACGGUGACGGUGCGUCUGCGACAGCUCACCUACCUGGACGACAGGCCCGUCUUCCCCAAGGACAGGGCGUGUGCCGAAGCCUGGGCCCGGGGCGGCCUGGAGGCGGAGCGGGAGGAGCGGCAGCAGUGGGAGCACCGGGAGCGCCAGAAGAUCACGGACAGCAUCGAGGCCCUGGCCCUGAUCAAGCGGCGCGCGGAGGAGCGCCGGAGGCAGAAGGCGCAGCAGGAGGCCGGGCUCGACCAGGGACAGGAGGGCACGGGGGCCGCCACAGCCUCUGCCCAGGAGGAGGAGGAGGAGGAGGAGGACCAUGAUGAUGAUGAUGAUGAUGACGACGAUGAUGACGACGAUGACGAGGAGGAGGGAGAGGAAGAGGAGGAGGGGGAGGACGCAGAGCGGCGGCAGAAGAUGGAGCGUUUCGUGCGGGAGAGCUUUGAGGCCAAGGACGAGCUCUUCCCGGAAGAGCCCGGCAGGGCCGGGGGGCUGCCGCCGGCUGUCCAGGGGGGCACCGAGGACGAGGAGCUCGGGGAGGCGCCGCCCAGCGAAGCCCAACGCCCGGCCCCUCCUGGCGCCGCCUGGCAGGACCCCGCAUGUCUGAGCGUGGCCCCCGGGGCGGCGCUGGGGCCGCGACCCCACGGAGCCGCCGCCGCAGAGCCGGCCGGGUGGGCGGCCGAGAAGCUCGUCAUCGCGGACCUCCCUGACCUGGAGGACACGGGUGUGGACAGCUGCCUGAAAGCCCAGGACCAGGCCCCGUGCCCCCCAAAGAUCGUGGUCCUCCGUAGCCUGAGUGAGGACAGCGAUGCCGAGCUGGACGCCGCCCCCCAGGGCCACGCGCCUGUGGACGCGCCGUGCGGGAUAUUUGCAGCGCCCAAGACUCCGGGGAGGCCGCCCGACACGCCCUUUGCAAACCUGCUCGCAGACAGCUCCGGGCCGGGGGAGGCGGGAGCCCCAGGAGCCCCCCGGCCCCCACGGCCGCUGACCCAGGAGCUGGAUGGAGCGUCCCGGCGGCCCCUGAUCGAGGAGCUGGACAGCGACAGGCCUGGGGGCGCCCCGCCCACACCCCCCAGCUGCCUUAGCGACAGAGCAGCCCCGGCCAGUCCCCCAGGGCCGGACUCGGAGGAGCAGCUGCGGAGAGGCCAGGGGCCCCGACAGGCCGCGGAAGACAUUGAGUUUGCCUUGGACUAACCCCAGACAGCCCCCAGCCUCGGGCACCCGCGGGGCACAGCGCGGCCGCGGCCCCUCCGUGCACGGGCUGUGGCCAGGAAGCCGCCAGCCCGGCCGGGCCCCGCGGGCCGCGGGGUCCCCUCUGCACACAUUACAUU